UUAUGGAGAAUUUUACUACGAAUCGUUUAAGAUAUUCCGCUCAAGAAUCAGAGAGAUAGUGGCCAAGAUAUGGCCUUCGUUCUGGACCAGAAGGCCUCCCAUGGGGUCCACCAUUUUUUGAAGGGGUACCCCUAUAGAAAAUUUACGAAGUAUGGGUUCCAAAAUUUUCCGCCGGUUAUGAUUUGAAUUUGGAUGCAGAGUUGCCGUAUCAGUAAGCGAUUGAGCUUUUUGUCAAUACGGUGAAAAGAGUAAAGCUUUAACAACAUUUCACAUCAAGUUGGCAGCGCCCCGCGUUUCAUAGAAGUAAACAGACUACAGAUAUGUUUAGCGCCCGGUUUGUCGCUCGGUUGCGACUCCACGGAGCGACUUUGACCAGGGUUAGGUGCCUGCCAAGGUCGACAGGAGUCUCGGGAGAAGGGAAGCCUUUUGGCACCACAGAUGGAAAGCUUCAUCCGGAAUGUGGCGGAAACUUGGUGCACCGGCGCCUCUUUGGCAGCCAAGCGGACGCGGAGUCCAGCCUGGACAGUGCCACCUACGAACGUGUUUGUUCGGAAACGCUGGACGCACUCUGCGACUACUUCGAGGAGCUCACUGAGAACGCACAGGACCUGCCCGGCAGUGACGUGGCGUACGGCGACGGGGUGCUCACCGUGAACCUGGGCCACAAGCACGGCACCUAUGUGAUCAACCGUCAGACGCCCAACAAGCAGAUCUGGCUCAGCUCCCCCACCAGCGGUCCGAAGCGGUUCGACUUCGUGGGCAGUCAGGAGGCGGGCAGGUGGGUCUACAAGCACAAUGGCCAGUCGCUGCACGAGCUGCUGCAGCACGAGAUACCCUCCAUAUUGAAGGCCCAGUCGGUUGACUUCCUCCACCUACCGUACUGCAGUUAGCCGCCCGGUCUAAUGUCGACCCCAGGAUAAAGUGGGAUGUGGGUUGACUAGAUUUUGGUUAAAACAAUAAACAAGGUGUUGCUGACUCCAAGGAGAUGGAGAAAGCAAAAACAAUGAGACUGUGUUACUAAAUAAAAAUAAAUCCAUUCAACCCCUGAAUAAGAAACACGUUGGCAACUUGACUAGGCUCACCGAAUUUUAUUUGGAGUUUUAACAAAAAUUUUUUGCUGCAAACUAAUACACAGACACUUCAAAAGUAUUUCAAAUGUACUCCGUAGUCCCGAAGUUGGAUGGGUUUCAGGCCACCCCUGGUGACGGGGGAACUCAAAGCCACAAGUACAGCUUUUGAGAAAUAAUAAAUACAACAAAGUAGAUA